AUGACAUCCACGACGCCCACAGGAAAGAAGCUCCCGUCAGAGCAUCUCGAUGCUGCACAGCGGGCACUCAGCACCGUGACCGAGAAUGCAGCGCCCAGGGCUGGAGACGACCCGACAGCCCAUCUGCAUGCUCCGGCGGCGAAAGAAGAAGCGCACACUUGGAUGAGGAGCAUCUUCCCGUACAACACACUCCAGGAGUUUGAAACUGCCUGGCAUCUGGGCAACUACGUCCUCGACCGGCAAACGGGCGAGAGGUCCUUCGAAGAGAUGAGCAUCUACGUUCGGGCAUGUACCCGUCUCCGUGUUGAUGCAGUGGUGUUACUGCCAUACUGACACAAUUCAGCUCGGGAUGCACCUUUUGUACUACGGCUCUGAGCAAGAGAAGGCUCUGCAUUGGAAGCGAACCCUAGAUGUUCUCCGCGAUCAGAGCUUGAAGAUGGGCAAGCAGUACGAUGCUCCAGAGAGCAAACAACACAUUCAGCCAUUCAUCGAGAGUUUCCACUUGGAGAACACACUUCCGGAGCUCAAAGUAAGCACUUGGCUUGCCGCCAAGGGCAUGUACUAACGAGGCACACAGGAGCCUGAUCCAGCCAAGUACAAGACCUUCAAUGAGUUCUUCGCCCGCGAAUUGAAGCCAGAUGCUCGUCCCAUUGCAGAACCAGAUAAUGAUCGUGUGGUAUCCAGUCCAGCAGACUGCCGACUCACAGUCUUCCCGACCAUCGAACUGGCUACCAAGUAUUGGAUCAAAGGCUUUGGCUUUUCUCUCAGCAAGUUGCUGGGCUCCGAUGACCUUGCUAAGAAGUUCGAAGGCGGCAGUAUCAAUAUCGCCAGACUAGCACCUCAGGACUACCAUCGAUGGCACUCCCCAGCGUCAGGCACGAUACACAGUAUUACUGACAUUCCGGGAACAUACUACACCGUCAACCCGCAAGCCAUCAACGAAGAGGGCACUGUGGACGUCUUCUGUGAGAACAAGCGUUCAGUCAUGACGAUGACACGAUCAUCCACUGGCUCGCUUGUCGCCGUCGUUGCCGUGGGUGCCAUGCUUGUGGGAAGCAUUCGAUACAAUCCAGGCAUUGGCGUUGGAGCCGGUGUGCACAGAGGGCAAUGUUUGGGGGCUUUCUUAUACGGUGGCAGUACUGUCAUCGUAUUGUAGGUGGACAGUCCGUAUUCGAAGGGAACAUCUGGCUGACAUUCCCACAGAUACCCCAAGGGCGAAAUCGAUCUGGACCAGGAUCUUGUGAAGAAUUCGACCGAAAAGGGCUGCGAAACUCUGGUGAGAGUCGGCUGGAGGGUGGGAGCAGGUCCAUCAUAG